AUGUGAGAAAAGUGCACUUUAAUAACACCUUACUGGGAAAUGGAAGUAUGCGCGGAUUCGGUGCAAUCGGCAGUUAAUGCAGAAAAAGGGGGUGGGCUGCCUAAGUGUAAUUUUAAAACAAAUUAAUUUAACUCAUAUAAUAAGUAACUUGCCUUACUUAGUAAUGCAGGACUUUGACUGUCUGUUACUGUUUGAGUGUUUACCGUAACUAGAAAUAGAGAGUGGAUAAAUACUAAUUCAAGGACAAGACUUGCUUUUAAACUUUUAAAUAAGUCUUGCAAGACCUAUAGACUAUAGAGUGUUUCUGUUUUCUUAACUAUAUUAUAUAUAAAGGUGACAAGCCAAUGUUGCCUUUCAUAGCAAGGAUUUAGAAAAACUUUCGAGAGGGCUUAUUAUGUCUAAGUCUGUGUCUCGUAUUAUACUAGAGUUACUAGAGACUUCCUGGGGUGUUACAGGCAUUCCCAGGAAAUAUCAACAUUCAGUAAAGCUGAAGGAAGAAGGAUUGUCUGUAUUAUUAUUAUUCAUUAUUAAAUGGAAAAGAAAAGUUUACCAAGCUGUGGCCAAUUAUUAAUGUUUUAUUGCUUCUGUCACAUGGGCAGGCAAUUGUUGAACAUGGAUUUUCAGUAAACAGAGAUACCACACAAACAUAUCUGAGAAGGUUUUAAUAAGCAAACACAUAAUAAAAGAACAUCUUGAACAUGUGGGAGGCCUUGCUAAUAUUGUUGUGACACAAGAAGUCCAGACUGCCGCUCAACAAGGAAGAAAGCUUUAUGGUGAUUAUUUAGACAGCAAACAACAGAGGAAGAGAAGAGGCAAAAGUGUUCAAAAAGAAAGUUGGCAGAGACAGACAUAGAUGGAUUGAAAUUAAAAAAACAGAAGCUGGAAAAAGAGAUUGAAUUUUUGACAGAAGAAGCAGACAAAACUGCAGAGAAAGCUGAGACUUUGCAAAGCUUUCCUCAUCUUUCUAAAGCUAAUGCGAUCACAGUCAAGGCAAAAGAAAAGAGGCAACAGCUCGCAAAUUAUAUCAAUGUUGAGAGUGAGGAAAAGAUGAAGUUUUUAAGAAACCUUUAAUAGCAUUUAGUAACAUCCCUUACAAAUACAUUACAAUUAAUCAUCCUCCAUAUAACAUUGUUAACAUAUUUUUCAUCUUUUGUAUUUAUUUUAGUGUACAUCAUUUCAUUAUUUGAAAUAAUCUGAUUUCAUUUUAGCAUGUCCACAUCAAUAGAUGUUUAAAUAAUUAUAAAGUAUACAUGCAUUGAAUUAUGUAAAAUGACUGUAUAUUUUUUAUGAUAUUAUGGAUGCAUUCCUGUAUAUUAUCAAGUCCAGACAUUGGAAAGUUAAUUGGUUAGUAAAAAUAUUAUUAUAUUAAAUUGUUUUGUAAAGUUUAUUUAUUUUAUUGAAGAUGGCAUUAUAUUUAAAAUAUGUACCAGGAUUAUGAAUGUAAAUUUUUUAAGAAAAAGCUUGAAAAUCGAUCGCAAUAAUGUAGAUAAAGCCAGAUUUUAUAUAGUCAGGAAUUUUCAUUUUUCAGUUGGGAAAAGCUGGGAAAAAGUAAGGAAUUUAGUUUUGUUGGAACCCUGCUAGUUACUGUAGAUACUGUAGUCUUUAAAAGUCAGUGUAGUGUUGAUUGACUUGGUUUAGUAGUGUAGUGUAGUUAAUUAGUCAGACUUAGAACUAGUGAUAGUCCACUUAGGGACAGUGAUGAGUGAAAUAGUGGCUAUUAAUUUUUACAGCCCCGCAACCCCUGUUCAUUAUUCAUUUCAAAAUAUUUCCCAUUCCUCCCCCCCCCCUCUUGAUUUCAAAAGAUUCUCCCAUCCCCAUGAUUAAAAAUACUAUUAACAUUGAAUUGAAAAUGUAAACAAACCUGAUUUUGGAGGAUUUUACCGCCCCCCCACCCCUUUUCAUUAUUCAUUUCAAAAUAUUUCCCCUUCCCCCCCCCCCCCCCUCUUGAUUUCAAAAGAUUCUCCCAUCCCCAUGAUUAAAAAUACUAUUAACAUUGAAUUGAAAAUGUAAACAAACCUGAUUUUGGAGGGUGGGGGGGGGGGCGGGGUCCGCAUCCCCUGACACUGCCUCCAUCCGAAGAAAAGAAGAAGAAAAAAGAUAUGUUUGUGAGCUUUUUUUAAAUUUGUCAUUGAAAUAAUUAUGGUAGCUCUGCAUAUUGUUAUAUAUAGUUUAUAUUGUUAUAUAUUAUAUUGCCUAGUUUAGCAUAGGGCUUAGCCUAUUUUUCUCUAAAAAAAAACUGAGUUGAUUUUAGCCAUCACACUUGUCAGCCUUUCAUAUUGACGUCACUGAGUAAAUGUGCUGUGUCAUCCCAUAUCCACCCCUCCCUUGGUUGGGAAAAGGUUGUUUAUAUUCUGAUUUGCUCUAUUCAUUCUAAAGAAUCCCUUUAAGUGGCGCAAUUUCUAGAAUGUUCUGAUUUUAAUCCUAUAAAUAGGCUGUCUGCUUCCUUAGCAGAUAGACAGAGAGAGAUAGAGCGAGAGAGAAAUUUUUGCUAUGUUUCUUAGCAUAUACAAGACGAUGUAUCAAUUGUGUAUGUAAAUUUAUAUGUAUAUUUUUAGGAGUGUACCUUUUUCACUUGUUCUAUGUUGAUAUAGUUUUUUUUUUUUGUUUCUGUAUUUUAAUAUGAAUUAGUAUAGAUAUUUAUUCGUAUAAUUAUAAUUAAAUUGAAUAUUGUUAGUAUCACUAGUUUGGUAUUAUUUCUUUCCAUACUGUUUUUCUCAGUCCUUUGUUACAUAAUAUAUUGUUUAUUCUAUGAGUUAAAUCUUAACACAGAUUAAAUCUUCAAAACCAUAAUGGUACGUAGCAAUAUGAAUGUCAUAAGUAAAUUGUUAGUGGCUGCUUUUUUGUAUCAAAAGAAUAUUUUGUUUGUUUGUUUGAAUCGGAAUGUAUCAUUGUGUUUAAUUAACAAUCCAGUGUUAUUUUAAUUAAUUCUAAAAUUUACCUCUUUAAACAUGGAUACAAGCAGUUGUGUAAAAAAAAAAAUGAAAAUUGUGAAAGACAAUACCAAAGUGAAUAUAUUCAAAAUGAAUUUUCGUGGUGUUGUGAUGAAUUGGCUCCAAAACCUGAGUGUGUAUUUUGCAAUGAACAGUUUUCUAACAAAGUGAUGGUCUCUAGCAAACUUAUUUGCCAUCUAAAAUCAAAACAUUAAUAUUUUGCCAACAAAGAUUUAGAAUAUAUUCAAUGAAUUUAAGUCAAAAUCUUAAGCAAAGGCAAAAAAUUAAAUCGUCUCUCACAUUUUCUGAAAAGGUGUUAGAAUUAGAAGCGAGUUAUAAAGUUUAAAGAUAAAUAGCACAUCAGAAAGAAAAACAUGCUUUUGGUGAAACACUUCAUCAUUGGAAUACCGGUAAUACUUGGGCCUAAUAAUGCUAAUUUGUUAAAUAGGGGAGAGACUGCAAUCAGAUUAGCAAAAUAGGAAAUAAGUAAAACAAAGUAUGGUCAAACGUGAAACAAGGAAUGCAAAAAAACAACGAACGUGUCCGCAGGAAGCCUUCAUCAGCCAACAAACAACAGAAAAAACAGAAUAAAAAAAAAAUUUAAAAAUAGCACUUAGCUGAGAAGUAGUAUCCAAGAGGGCAGCAAAAGAAUUAAAUGCUAAGGAAGUAGAGAAAGCAUUGACUACAUGUCAGGUUAUAUUUUGGAAACACUUAUUAAUAAAUUAAAAAGAGUGAGAAAUUUUGACUCCAAAUGGAUGAGACAAUGGAUAUUAAAAAGCAAGCACAGGUAAUAAAUAUUGUACAUUUUGUUGAUGAGGAUACCAUAAAAGAACAUCAUUUGUUUAGCAGAGAACUUACAGCUCAGACUACUGGUGAGGAAAUCUUUUGAGUAACUUACGAAUUUUUCAAAACCUAUAAAAUUGAAUGGAAUAAUUUUGUUGGUGUUUGCAGGGAUUAUGCUGCAGCAAUGAUGGGUAAUAAAACAGGAUUUGUUUCAUGUGUCAAAAGACAACAUCUAUUGUUGCAUUCAUCGAGAGGCUAUGGUGGUCAAAACUUUGCCAGAUGAACCAUUUCAAACGAUGAGCAAAUGGAUGAGCAUCGUAAAACAAAGGCCCUAAAUUCACAAAUUUUUGAAAUACUUGUGAAGAAACAGGACAAGGAUAUAAAGCCUUAUUAUUUCACCUCAAUAUUUGUCGACUUUCCCAUGGUGAGGUUCUCACAGCCAGCAAAGUUUGAGCUAUGCCAUGAGGUUAGUCCAUUUCUUUUUAAUCAAAACCUGCUCAAACUUCAACAUUUCUGGAAGAUAACACUGGGUGGCAAAACUUCCAUGCAUGGCUGACAUGUUUGAGCAUCUGAAUGAACUACGAAGAAAAAUGCAAGGUCAGCAUGAGAAUUUACUACUUACAUGUUUAGAUAAAUUAAACAGUUUCAAACAGAAACAUGAACUCUAGCAAACAAAGUUGCACCAAGCAUCUUUAGAGAUGUACCAAUAAACCAACUUGACCGCUAUCGCAAAGUGCAAAGCAUUUUGGACUUGGAGCAGCAACAUCUAACAAAUAUUGCUACAACAACAUCUAACAUUGAUGUUGUAAAAAUUUGACCCUAUACUUUUAUACUGUAAAUUCAGAGCAACACAAUUAGAUAUGAAAUCCUUUUGCCUUAUACACUUGAAAUUAUACAGAAGAGGUCUCCCUUCAGGUUCAAGGGGAAUUUCUGGAAUUGAGGGAUGACGGAAUACUAAAAAAUAAUGUUCACUGAAGUUCCAUUGGCAAUUUUCUAGGUUUUACUCAAGAAAGAAUAUCCUAGAAUUUCUAAUGAGGCUUUUGCAUUUUGCUACAAUUUGCAACCACUUAAUUAUGUGAAAAAAAUUUUCUACUCUUGUUUUAAUAAAAUGCUUAAAAGACAUUGAUGGUGAACUUUGAGUUGCUCUAUCAGAAAUUGAGCCAAAUAUAAAAUAAUUAUCUUAAGCAAAACAAGCUUAAACAUCUCUUUAGUUAUUGUUAAAUUUAAAUCCUUUAGUUUGUGAAGGCAAUUUUUUUUAAAAUCUUGUCCCUAUCCUCCUUUUAUAUACUUUUUUUAUGGAAAAAAGUUUCUACAUUACCGACCUAUAAGAUCACCCUAUAUUUUAGCCGUAUUUUGAGGAGAAAAAAUGUCUGUCCUAUAUGCCUGGAAAUAAAGCAAAUGAAAAUGAUAGCCUUUCAUUUGUGAAUCAGAUUAUAGAGGGUGAGUAUGAGUAGUUCAGAUAUAAAACUUCAAUUGUAUGUGUGAUGCAUUAUGGUUGGAAAAGACAACUGUAUAAAAUCCAAGUGUCUUGGAAAAUUCAUUUCUCCCCUUAUCUCGCUAGUGCUCAAACCCAGGGUACACUCCGGGUCUAUUGAUACCCGCCGUCUACUUCAGUUCCCUGUGAUAUUUAUAAAAUUUAAAAAAAAAAAAUAGAAUGAAUGUUAAGAAUGGCCAUACCUAUAUAUUAUUACUUCCAUUUGGAAGCUUAACGCCUUUUACAAAUGUUUUUGCAUUUUUUUAUUCAUUAUAUAUUUCUCAAGCUGCUGUUACUAUUAUGAUUCAAAAUCAAACUGAAAUGAAUAUUUUUUACCAGGGGCCUGUCGAGUAGAGCUUUGUGUUAAUUUGAUGGAAGGAGGGACAACACCCAGCAUUGGUAUAUAUUUUUUUAAAAUUUAUUUAUAUGAAUCGUAUGAUAAGAUAAGAUAAUAUUAUUUUAUUAAUUCAAAUAAAUGGAACUUCAUUUUGAUUAAAAAAAUGUUCAUAUUCAUUUUCAGCUGAAAAAUAAAUACCGGUACAUAUUUUAACCAAGACAACAUUUUACAAUUAUAACAAUUUUAACACAAGACAUCUAAAGUAUUUCUCUAGCAUAGAAAGCAGCCUUCUAUGAACUCACUUUGCAACAAUAAUGACUUAGUCGGCAAUCAUUUAGACUUGGUAACCACUGGGGGUGCACACUGUUAAAUUGGUACAGGCUGGGGAAGAAAAGAAUAUUUAUAAAGUUCAGUCCUAACUUUAAGAGAAAGAAUUUGCCCCGAUCUUGCUGCUCUUAGGUAUCUGCGAUGAAGUGGGUGGGAUGUAUCAUCCAAAAUUCUUUUACAACAGUUUUCUGUUAAGUGGUUCAAGGGGAGAUGGCUGUACAGGCAUUAAGUUUUUAUUUUUUAUUGUUCGUCCGUCGAGGAUCGACGAGGACCAUCGAGUCGUCUGGAGACUGAUGACUUGCGCGGGUAACUUUGUUUAAAGUGAAGAAGAGUUGCGCGGCGUCUACCUCACUCUCUCGUCCGAGCCCACCAUAUUGACUGGCAAGACUCUACGUCAAGACGACCAGGGAUGGGUUCGGUUGCAGGAAUUGUCAUUGUUUGCGCCUUACGGGACUCCAACUCCGGGUUUGAAUUCAGAGUUUCCUUCUCUUAGAUGAGUUGCCGACCAAGGUUAACGAGUCUCAUCCACGUAGGGUGAUGUUUUUGCUUGACUGGCCUUUGGCUGGACUUGAACACCAGACCACCAACUUGAGGUUUGCUCAGUUUAGACCAUUUGGCCACCCAGUCACUAGUGAUAGUGAAGAAAGAAUUUGCCCCGAUCAUGCUGCUCUUAGGUAUCUGCGAUGAAGUGGGUGGGAUGUAUCAUCCAAAAUUCUUUUACAACAGUUUUCUGUUAAGUGGUUCAAGGGGAGAUGGCUGUACAGGCAUUAAGUAAUAUGCUACCAACCAUCAAAGUAUCAUGUUUAAAAACCUUUGGCAUUAGUGAUAGUGAAGAAAGAAUUUGCCCCGAUCAUGCUGCUCUUAGGUAUCUGCGUUGAAGUGGGUGGGAUGUAUCAUCCAAAAUUCUUUUAGUUUUACAACAGCAUCUGUCUUCAAUUAGUUUUUCAAGUGAAGGGUGUUUAGUUUUUGUGAUAUUACUAUGUUUCUAUUUAAUCGAUGUUUGAUGUCACACAAUGAAUCCAAUGUAAUGCCUUUAACUUUACAACAUAAUUUACAACAUUAUGAUUAUACUUUGAUUGAUGAUGCAAUUCUAUUUAUUUAUCAUAAAAAAUAUUUUUCUUACAUCUUUAAUAGGUUUGCUGCAAGUGAUAAAACAAUGUGUGUCUAUUCCUAUAUUUGUCAUGAUCAGACCAAGAGGAGGUGACUUUUGUUACAGUUGUGAUGAAUUACAAGUAAUGAAAGAAGAUAUCAAGGCCCUUAAAUUAGCUGGAGCGGAUGGUUUUGUAUUUGGUAUCUUGACAAUGUUAGUGAAACUAUCCCUUUUGCCCCCAUGAGCCGAUUGUACUGUCUCACAUUUUUUCAGUUUCCAUCCCGUAAACAUAUUUCUGUUAACUGGUUCAAGGGGAGAUGGAUGUACAGGCAGUAAAUAAUAUGCUACCAACCAUCAAAGUAUCAUAUAAAAACCUUAGGCAUUAGUGAUAGUGAAGCAGGCCAGGUUUUUUUGCAUUUUCACAUUUUGGGCCGAAAACAGCCCAUCAUCCUGAAAUUGCCGUGUUGCCCCCUUUUUUUUCAGGUUUUUCCAUAUCCUGUUUUACAUAUUUCCUAGAAAGUCUGAAUUUUCAUUUAAAGUAUUAAAAAAAUGACAAGGAAAUACAAAGUUCUCAGUAGGCCAGAAGAAAGAAAAAGUUUUGUUUGAUCUGGAUGUACAGGAAGGCCAUGCCUGUGUAAAGAGAACUAUUUCAAAAUAAGGCAUAGACUAGAUGGCUUAUGCCUAGCUGACUUUUACAUUUAAUUUUUAUGUCACUGUGUAUUUCUCUUGUGACACAUUUGUGGGUAUUUCAUUUUUGAUUGGUCUUAAAAUCUGUUUAACAAUGAUGGGAAUGUUUUGUGUAUAGUUAAAUGUUAUAAAAGGUUUGAUUUUUGCAAAUUUGGAACAGCUUUUUGAUUUCUGUAUAUAAAACUUAUAUAUUUAGCUUUUUUUUUUCUACAAUGUUUUUGAAAUAAAUAAUUAUCACGAUAAAGAUUUUAAGAUAUAUUAUUAUGUUGUCCUAUACAGUUUAAAUUCCUGUUUAUAGGCAAAUACUAAUAUUAUUGUCAUUUCUAAUAUAUUUUUAUUGAUGUUUUCCAGAGAUGGGGAAGUUAACAUUGCAGAAUGUCAAGCAUUAUUAGGUACUAAAAUAUACACGUUGAUAAAUGUGUUACUAUUUAGUUACUUUAUGAUAAACAGUAUCGUAAAUAUAUAUAAUUAUAUAAGUAUGUUGGCAAGUUUAAAACUUGCAAUUGAAAAUAAAAAUGGGUCUAAGAAUCCAUCUAUAAAUGACAUCACUAUGUUCAAACACCUUUGGAGUGGUAGGAGGAACAUAAAAAAUUGUGUGAUUAUGCUUUUAUCAGAGUGUCUAACUUUUGUGACAUAUUUUUCAUGAUGAGGAUUGGGGAGGGGGGGGGGGGAAUGAGGUUUAAGGUGUUUUAAAAAUAAGCAGAAAUGUGUGAUAUCAUUUAUGGAUGGCCCCUGGUCUGUCAGAAUUCAUUUACAUUAUAAUAGCAGCAUUAUGAGAUGGUUUUUUUUCAUCAGGAUAUAAACUUUUUAUUUACUUUUUAAUAGAAGCUGUACGCCCCCUGCCUGCAACAUUCCAUAGAGGUGAGUUAUUUAGAGGUUGUUAAUAAACUUAGAAAACAUAAAAUAGCUUUUUAUGAUGUUGUAAUGCUUUGACAUUUGGAGAAAAUUGUGAUGAUUUUUUUUUUUGAAAAACGAUUUGAUUUUUCCAAUAAAACACCUUGUGAUUUACAUAGACUAUCUAUAAAUAUUUUACCAUUGUCUCUUGCAGAAAUUUGGUUGGCAAAAAUUGUAUAAGUUUAUAAUUGAUAUAAUUAUAAACUUUUAUAGUAAUGUAAUUAAGUUAUGUAUCCUUCUACAUUCUCACAGAUAGCAGUCAAUUAUUUUUUGUUAAAUUGCCUCUGAUUCUUAAGUGAAAUUAUGUCGGUGGGUCCAUGAGCUGGAUUUCUUUUGUAAUUUUAUCAUAUUAUUCAGAUGCAUUUAAUAAUUAAUUAAUCAUUUGACUGGAAAAGGUGUCCAUGAGGGAAAAAUAAUUUAAGAAUCCAUUUUAAUUAACACAUUAAAGAUAAGAUAUUGCACUACUCCUCAGAAAUUAUACCAAAGACCACUACACUGUAAGAUUAUUUUUUUGAUUACUCCCCCUGAAAUUGUUCAUCCAUACUAAAAUUUAAAUUCUAAAACAUUUUCUUGCAAGUGCUUCCUUCAGUUUGAAUGAAAAUGAAGUAUGUAUGAUGUGUUAUGGUUGCUUUUGUUUUUUUUACAGCUAUAGACAUGACCAGAAACAUUUUUACAUCCUUGGACAAGAUCAUAAACAUGGGCUUUGAGCGAGUUCUUUCAAGUGGGGCAUGCAACACGGCCCUCGAAGGUGUUCAUACUCUUAACAAAAUGGUC